AUGGAAAAAGAUUCAAAUUCAAAAAAAGGUAUCUUAUCUUUUUUCCAAGAAAAUGUAAAUAAUAAAAUUAUUAAAAAAAAUAGUCAAAUUGAGCCAAUUCAAAUCGAAUCUGAUAAUGAUGAUUUAAAUGAAAAGGCAAAUGAAAAUCUAAAUGAAAAUCUAAAUGAAAAUCUAAAUGAAAACCCAAGCGAUUCAAUUACUAAGGAUUCAAAUAUCAAUGAGUCAAUUAAUGAAAGCAUACCAUCAAAUAAUGAUAAUGUAAAAUUAACUUCUACAAAUAAUGUCGAAAAAAAUGGUUCUAUUCCAGAUAAUUCUUCCAAGAAGGAAGAUUUAACAAAUAAUAUAAAUAGAAAAGAGCAAAGUACUAAAAGGAGAGAAGCUAUAUUAAAGGAAAAAUUAGAAAAGCAGCAACAAAGAUCAAUUGAAAAAAAGAAAAAAGAACUACAAAGAGAAGAAGCUAAACGUUUAAGAGAAGAAAAACUAGCAGAAGCCAAACGUUUAAAAGAAGAAAAAUUGGCUGAAACCAAACGUCUGAAAGAAGAAAAACUAGCAGAAGCUAAAAGAUUAAAAGAAGAGAAAUUAGCUGAAGCCAAACGAUUAAAAGAGGCAAAAUUAGCUGAAGAGAAAAGAGAAAAGGAAAAGUUAAAACUUGAGCGUGAAGAACAAAGGAAUCAAUUAAAGAAAGAAAAAGAAUUAGAAAAGCAACGACUAUUGGAUGAGAAAAGGGCUAAAGAGGAUGCCAAAGAACGCGCACAAUCAAGAAUUGUCAAUUUCUUUAAAAGAGUUUCAGAUUCCAACUUAAAAACUUCUAAUGAAACAGAAUAUUCUAAUUAUUUUAAACCAUUUUAUUGUAAAGAUAAUGUGGAACUAUUCAAAUAUAAAUCAUUGCAAAAUAUUGAUCAAAUUGAUUCUUUAUUAUUUGGUUCGGAUAAUGAAACUAAUAAUGGCAUUAAUACUGACAUUUUAACUUGGUUAGAAUCGCAAAAAACUAAAACUAUGAAUAGAGGUCACCCCAUUGAAUAUACAGCAGUUAAAUUAUUACAGCAAAUGACUUCUAAGGAUAAAACUGAUGAAGAAUUACAAAAGAUUUUAAAGACAAUACCUCAUAAAUAUAUAAAAUUUUAUGAAAAUGUAAGACCACCAUAUAUUGGUACAUAUUCUAAAGAAAUCAUCCUACCAAGGAUAAAUCCAUUCAGUACAAAAGAAACCGGUUAUAAUUAUGAAUAUGAUUCUGAUUUAGAAUGGGUAAAUGAAGAAGAUGAUGAAGGUGAGGUGGAUAAUUUGGAAAGUGGAGAUGAAGAUGAUGAAGAUGAUGAAGAUGAAGAACCAAGUGAUGGUGAAUUCGAUGGGUUCUUAGCUAAUGAGUCUAAUGAUACUAAUGGCAAGACAAAGAAAAGAAAGAUUAUGGGACCUUUAAUCCCUACAGUCCAUUUAAAAAUUGAUAUCGAACAAUUAGACAUAGAAGAUAAAGAAUAUUUCCACAAUUUAUCGGCCAUUUGUUUAAUACCAGAUACUCAAUUCCCAAUUGAUCCAAAUUACACUCCAGUAACAAAAAUCAAUUCUAAUAAUUCAAGUAAAAAAGACUUGGCAUCAUUAGUGAACAAUGAAAAUAAACGUUCGUUAGACGAUAAUGAAAGCAAAGAAGGUACACCUGGAGCCAUAUCUAGUCAAGGAUCCUCCACUCCAAAGAAACCAAAAACAAUUAUUACAGAUAUGAAUGAUAUCUUGAAACUAAUAAAGGAAAUUAAUGGCAGUAACUUUUCAUUAGGUACAAUAACUGAAAUCGUUCAGCAUAAAUUGCCAAACUAUAACAAACAGACUAUCAAAAAUACUAUUAAGCAUUAUGCCAUUAGAAGCUCAGGAGGGGUUGGCAAUACAUCCAAGAUUUGGGAUAUUAAGGACAAAGCACUCUUACAGCAAGCAUCAAGCUAA